GGGGUUUCGGCAAGCAGGGGUACCAGUGUCAAAUUUGCAGCUUCGUGGUGCACAAGCGGUGCCAUGAGUUCGUCACCUUCAAAUGUCCCGGCAAGGACAAGGGCGCAGACUCCGACGACACCCGUACAAAGCAUAAGUUCAAGACUCAGACCUAUGGCUCGCCCACCUUCUGCGACCACUGCGGCUCCCUCCUCUACGGCAUCAUCCACCAGGGCAUGCGGUGCGAGGCAUGCAACAUGAACGUGCACAGGCGGUGUACGGAGAGUGUGCCGAACCUAUGCGGAUGCGACCACACCGAACGGCGAGGGAGGCUGGAACUCAAGAUCACGUGCGUCGGCAACAAACUCACGGCCGAGAUCAUGCAGGCCAAGAACCUCAUCCCCAUGGACCCGAACGGCCUCUCGGAUCCCUACGUCAAGCUGAAGCUCAUCCCCGGCGCCGACAACAUGAAGAUGAAGACGAAGACGAUCAAGGCAACUCUCAACCCCACCUGGAACGAGACACUCACCUGCGAACUGAAACCCGAGGACAAGGACCGGCGGCUGCUGGUGGAGUGCUGGGAUUGGGAUCGCACGUCCAGGAAUGACUUCAUGGGCUCCAUGUCCUUCGGUAUCAGCGAGAUCAUCAAGUCCUCCGUGGAAGGAUGGUACAAGUUCCUGACGGAGGAGGAGGGCGAAUUCUACAACGUGCCCUGUCCGCCAGAGGGCACGGACAUCUCCAAGCUCAAGGAGAAGUUUAGGAAGACGUCCAUCACGAAGAAGGUGACGAGCGGAACCACCGACAACCACAUUCCUCACAACAUGAACAAGCGUGACAUCAUCCGCGCCACUGACUUCAACUUCCUCAUGGUCCUCGGCAAGGGAUCCUUCGGCAAGGUCCUUCUGGCGGAAAGGAAGGGCACCGACGAGCUGUACGCCAUCAAGAUCCUGAAGAAGGACAUCAUCAUCCAGGACGACGACGUGGAGUGCACCAUGAUCGAGAAGAGGGUCCUGGCCCUCGCUAGCAAGCCGCCGUUCCUCGUUCAGCUGCACUCGUGCUUCCAGACUAUGGACCGGUUAUACUUUGUAAUGGAAUACGUGAAUGGAGGUGACCUGAUGUUCCAGAUCCAGCAGUGUGGCAAGUUUAAGGAACCAGUAGCGGUAUUCUAUGCAGCGGAGAUUGCCAUUGGCUUGUUCUAUCUACACUCCCGCAGCAUCGUCUACCGCGACCUCAAGCUUGACAAUGUCUUGCUGGAUCAGGACGGACACAUCAAGAUCGCCGACUUCGGUAUGUGCAAGGAGGGAAUUGGAGGAGAUAAGACGACCAAAACCUUCUGUGGAACUCCUGACUACAUUGCUCCCGAGAUCAUCCUUUACCAACCAUACGGGAAGAGUGUAGACUGGUGGGCAUACGGCGUGCUGUUGUACGAGAUGCUUGUGGGCCAGCCGCCCUUCGAUGGAGAGGACGAGGAAGAGCUGUUUGCCGCGAUUACCGACCAUAACGUCUCUUAUCCCAAGGCUCUUUCAAAGGAGGCGAAGGAAUGUUGCAAGGGUUUCCUGACGAAGCAGCCGCAGAAGCGACUCGGCUGCGGUCCUAAGGGAGAGGAAGACGUUCGAACACACCCCUUCUUCAGGAGAAUCGACUGGGUGAAGCUGGAGAACCGAGAGGUGCAGCCGCCCUUCAAACCCAAGAUUCGUCAUCGAAAGGACGUCAGCAAUUUCGACAAGCAGUUCACUUCCGAGCGCACAGAACUCACGCCCACGGACAAGCUCUUCAUGAUGAAUCUGGAUCAGACGGAAUUCUCCGGCUUCUCCUACCUGAACCCCGAGUACAUUCAACAUGUAUAAGAAGAUGUACUUACAUGUUUAUGUACCAGUUUGUCUGCACUUGUUAUAUGACAAGCAACUUUCAUUUGUUAUAACCUGUUUUGUUACGAUGAAUAUUAUUUGUUUGAUGAUGUAACCUGAAUACUGUGGACAAUUCCAAAGUUAAUGAUGUAUUAGAAAUGCAUAAGAUCUUACCGUAAAAUGGUAUUCAAAUUUUUUCGUUGAAGAAAAUUUGAUUUAAAUGUUGCAUAUUGCGCCUGACAAAUGCUCGAGAGAAAUAUAUAUUUUUUUCUCAUACUUGCUAAUAUUAAGGAUUAGUGUUAAACUUGAAAGUAGUUUCUUUCAAAUGCCUUUCUCUUUAAUACUGUUUUGGUGAAAUGCUUUGUAUGAACAUUUUUAUUUUCCUGUUUAGUAAGAAACAGGAUAGGCAUUUAUUCCUCUGAGCUAAAGACAGAUCUUGUUCUACAUGAAUGAGAAUUAUAUGACCAAAGUCUAGUAUUGUAAGAAUAUUGAUGUAAUGUUUACAUUAUUCAUACUAAUACAAGUUACCAAUAUAAAAGGUAAGCAAUAAAAAAGUAUAAAAUUAUAGUCAGUAUUAAAAUGGGUUUAUAGUCACAGAAAGGGCAAGUUACAUGAAAUGUCUUACGGAAUUCUGUAUAUAGAAUAUUAAUUUUUUCCCUGUUGUUUAUCAGAACGAAGAUACUCUAGUGAAAUAUUUAGUGAAAGAUGAAUAGAAAUUAUUUUACAUUCAGUGUAAAAACUCUUCAGUUGAUUUAUCUCCGUUGCUAAUACCUCUUUUCCGUUAUGAAUGUAUUCUCUAUUCAUUCAUCCUGUGUCAUCCAUCAUGUAUGUAAUUGAUGGUUUAAGAUUAAGUAUAGUGAUAUUACCAUGGGAUAAUACUGCUGUUCACAAGGUGGUUGAAUGGUACGCUAACCUGUGGAGGAAUAGUACAUCCGACUUUAUACUGUACCUGUAUUAUUCGCUCCCUUCUGAGUUCUGGAGAAUUAUAAUUGUCCCUCUUGAGUCAGUAUUUAGGUUUUGGUAAUGUAAGCCGGAUUUCCUGUUUGGCUAAAAUUCAUCAACACGUAUCCUUAAAUGCUAUUCCAGGUUGCAUUUGAGGAAGACUGUUUUAGUAUGCCAGUUUUAGUUACCUGUUAGUGUUUCACAACAUAUUUCCGUAAUUGUUUAUUUUUGAAGGUAAUUACACCUAGUAGGGUUCUUCAUACAGUUAGUUACACUUUUAUACCUCUGUAAAAAAAAAAAAAAUCUAGUAUAAUCAAUUUUUCCCAUAUUACAUGCUUAAAGACAUUUUUAUUCAUCCUCAUUUUCACAUAUAAAUGCAACUCACUCUCUCAUGCAACAAUGCCAACAGAUACUCCCAAAAUGCGAAAUUGAUAUCAAACAGAUCUUUAGUGGAGUUCUAAACAGUUCUUAUACCAAAUGUAGUUUAUGAAAAAUGUUGGUAAGUUUAUCAGUAGACUUAAUAUAAUUCAAAUUCUUCCCUUUGAAAUGUGCAAUAAAUGCCUUCUGUGUGCUAAAAUUCUUAUUAAGAUUUAUACCAGUGUUGUGAGAUAGUAUUAAUUCCUAGUCAUUCAUCAUUGAUCUAUGAAAGCAUCUAGUCAACAGGCUUAAGAGCUGCUAGAGUAGCAUUACAUUCUAGUGCAGUAUUUUGGACAACUUGUGCAGGAAGAAGUGUAUAAAUGUUUACUAAGUCUUAUUACUGUUUGUACCCUGUGGAAAUUAGAUAUACUAAUACAGGUAUCAGUCAUAAGGGAAAAUAGUAAUGAUAACUCAAUAGAAGUUACUUUGCAACUAUGGAUAGCAUGUAUUUCUUUUAUAAAUUCCAUCUCAGAUUAAUUUUGAAUCAUUUUGGUCUCCAGUAACAUAAUGUUAGCAAAAGAGAGAAUGAAUGGAGGGCAAAUUCCAAUUUUCUGUUUUCUUUUUUUUAUCACAUAGUCUCAUUUGGACAUAAUUCUGAGCACUUUUAAGAACUGUACCUGUAUUUUUUUCUUUAUAUGGUACCAUAUUUUAAAUAUCUAUUGUUCAGUAAUGGUAUAAGUGCAUUCCUUUUGUAUUGGUGGUACUAGGAUAUUUUUGCAUGUGUAUUUGUUAGUACCAUGCACUCAGAACUCUAUAUCUUAUUUUACGGAUUCUCAACACUUAUUAUAUAUAAAGUAAACCUCGACUUCCUGUUAAUUACUAUUUUUAUUGACUCGAGUGUGAGAUGUGACAUUGAAGGUGCAAAUAAUAAGUCUAUGCUGAAAACAAGCUAGCAUUUUGAUUUUUUUUGUAGUCAUAUAGACUGAAGGGGGAUCUGAUUCAGGAGUCAGUGAAAAAGAAAAUAAAACUAUGCUUUAUCAGUUAUUAGAUUAGUUCACUACUUAAUAUCAGUAAUAUUGAAACUUUUUAAUGCUUUUUGUGAAUGUCUUAAAUCUUUAUACUUUCAUCAAAUUUCAAGAAAUACUAUUCCUCUAUAUGAUUUAAUGUUAUAUAUAUAUAACUGAUUUUUUUUAUCAUGAUCAACUUGAGCUUAUCAGCUAUGAUAUGUAUGAUACCUGUUAGUAUUAUCACUACCCUACAGCCUUUAAUAGUAUUUUAGUAUUGAAAAAAGUAUCUAUGCUGCUGAUAAAUUCCAGUGUCAGUACCAAAGAAUAAGCAGGCUAAUAUAAGAUAACAUAAUGUAUAUUAUUCAUAUUUCCUUCUUCCAUUAUCACAUAUACAAAGUACCAACUUCCUUUAGGUAUUAGCAAUUCUUUAAACAGCCUUCAUAAUAGUGAAAGUGAAAAUCUGGCCUACCACUUCACGUUACGGUAUUGGUUUUAUUUUCGGUGUGAGUGAUCAGAUCUGUAGUGAUAACCUUUCAUAAUCUUAAUGUUUACGAGUCAAAAACCGUUAGCUUUUGUAGUUUUUAUCUUCCACUAUGUAUCUUUAAAGGUUAAGGUUAAGAUGAAAGGCUUAUAUGAUUUUCUAUAUAUACCCCGCAGUGUGUUCUGCACAUCAGGAGGAAAGAUAGCUAUCCAGUAUUAAGCUAAGAGGUAUGGAUAAGAUGAAGAAAUUGUUCCCAAAUUAUCUCCAUACGCACUGUGGCUAGAAGGAUACCAUACCUGGGAUGUGAACAUUUUUGCAUAGAUAAAUGAGGCACUCCUUGUUUUUUAAAAUGCGUAUGAUAAAAAGAAUAAUUUUUUCUAUUCUUUUCAAGACGUUAAUCUAUUCCAAGUCAUAGCAACUCGAGUCUCUAUAUAUUUUCUUUGAAAAAGUUGCUCCGUUUAUUUUCAUAUUCAGACAUGUCAUAAUAUAAUUGCAUAGUAGGUAUUCAUUCCACAGUGAAAUAUUUGUACAAUACUUGUGAGUGUAUCAGUACUUUGUUUCUUGGAUUUUUAUUUUUCACAUAUAUAUUUCUUUAAAUUAAAAGCUUAAAGUUGCUGCACAUACUAAGCUGCUUUUUUGAUGCCUCUUUAAUAAGCCUCUUUUAGUUUGGUGUUCAUCUCGUUGUUUUAUACCAUCAAUCAAAUGAUGAAAUUAUUGUAAGCAAAAUUUGCUGAAUUGUUAACAGGAAUGUGUAUCUUGAGCAGUGUGGGGAAACUGUUUGUGGUUUCGUUAACCUUUGUGGUAGAAUUCUAUGAAUUUUUCACAUUCACAUUUGUGAUAUAUUUAGAAAAUCAUCAGAAAUGUGAUAUCAUUCCAUGCCCACAUCCACAAAUUAUUACAUUCUGUGUCCCUACACUGCCAAUCAUAUACAAAACCCUAAAUAUGUAUCAGUGCUGUAUACCUAUCAAGAGUGGCGUUGUGUCUAUUUAUAUAAGUAUUUUACUUAUUUUAAAAGAGGGAGAAGCGUAAUUACACAAUCUAAUGUUGUAGGUUGUGUGGGAUUUAGAAGUGCAUCUCCUUGGUAGCAUUGCCUGAGAGGGUUGUUCAUUAGGAGUUUGAAGCAUUU